GCAACCUCAGCAGCUGGGGCGCGAGUGGCGGCCAAAGGCGGGUGGUAGGGCGUGAGGGCCCCCGGGAACGCGCGCGUGCUGGCAGCCGAGGUCCCUCGGGAAGCAGGGGAGCGCCCGACGCCGCCUCGCACGCGCCGCCCGCGGGCGGCGGCGCGCGUGAGGACGGGGGAGGUGCGUGCGGGUGUGCGAGUGAAUGUGCGAGCGUGUGUGUGUGUGUUUGUGGUGCUUGGUUGCGGAGCGUGAGCCGUCCGUGCCCGGGUACGAGUUCCCCCGCGGUCUUCCACACCCUCUGUUGGUCCCUGGUCCUUCCCCACGACCCUCCAGCGACCCUACGGUCGGAAAACGAACAACAGCAUUGUGGAGCAGGUGUGGGGGGGAGGAAGGGCAGCACCAGACAAAAGGGGCGCGGGGGUCAGCCCGCCAUGGCCUCCCGGAGCCUGGGGGGCCUGGGCGGGAGCCGCGGCGGCGGCGGCGGCGGCGGCAAGAAAAGCCUGAACGCCCGCAAUGCUGCGGUGGAGAGGAGGAACCUGAUCACAGUGUGCAGGUUUUCUGUGAAGACCCUGAUUGAUCGGUCCUGCUUUGAGACAAUUGAUGAUUCUUCUCCUGAAUUUAACAAUUUUGCAGCUAUUUUGGAACAGAUUCUGAGUCACCGGCUGAAAGGUCAAGUAACCUGGUUUGGUUAUGAAAGUCCUCGUAGCUUCUGGGAUUAUAUCAGAGUGGCUUGCCGGAAAGUUUCACAGAAUUGUAUCUGCAGCAUUGAAAAUAUGGAAAAUGUCAGUUCCUCUAGAGCCAAGGGUAGAGCCUGGAUUAGAGUAGCACUCAUGGAAAAGCAUUUAUCCGAAUACAUCUCUACAGCUCUGAGAGACUUCAAAACAACCAGGCGAUUUUAUGAAGAUGGAGCAAUUGUCUUGGGUGAGGAAGCAAAUAUGCUUGCUGGCAUGCUGCUUGGACUCAAUGCUAUUGAUUUCAGCUUCUGCCUCAAGGGAGAGGGAUUGGAUGGAAACUUUCCUGCUGUAAUAGACUACACACCAUAUUUGAAGUUUACGCAGAGUUCUGAUAGUAUCAGCAGUGACGAGGAAGAGCUGAGGACUUUGGGAAGCAGUGGGAGUGAAAGCAGCACUCCUGAGAAUGUCGGGCCUCCUUUCAUCAUGGAUGACAAUAGUUGGUUCAACAAGUGUAAGAGAGUUAAACAAAAGUAUCAGCUAACCUUAGAACAGAAGGGUUAUCUUGAAGAACUCUUACGACUUAGAGAGAACCAGCUGUCCGAAUCUGUCUCCCAGAAUAAAAUACUACUUCAAAGGAUUGAAGAUUCUGAUCUGGCCCAUAAACUGGAAAAGGAACAAUUAGAAUUUAUAAUUGUGGAGCUUCAAGAUCAGCUGACUGUGCUAAAGAAUAAUGAUUUAAGAUCAAGACAAGAGUUAACUGCCCACCUCACCAACCAGUGGCCUUCCCCAGGAGCUCUGGAUGUCAAUGCUGUUGCCUUGGAUACGUUGCUUUACCGAAAACACAAUAAACAGUGGUAUGAAAAAAGUUAUCAAAGUCUUGACCAGUUAUCAGCUGAAGUUAGCCUUUCUCAGACUUCACUGGAUCCAGGUCAGUCACAAGAAGGAGAUGGAAAACAAGAUACAUUAAAUUUAAUCAGUGAAGGUAAAGAAGAUACUCCCUCAUUACUCGGUCUCUGUGGGUCUCUAACAUCAGUGGCAAGUUACAAAUCACUAACAAGUCUCAAAUCUAAUGACUACCUUGCAAGUCCCACAACAGAGAUGACAAGUCCAGGCCUAACUCCAUCCUGAAAAAUUUUAUGUAAAAGCCAGAAGUUUUUAUGUUGUAAAUGUUCUAUUUACAUAAGUUUGACUGCUGGGAAAAUCUUUGAAAUUUUAUAUUGUUCUGGCACAUCUGGAAUUCUAUUGCCUCUUUUAGAGAAUUCAGUCUACUCCAUGUGCCCUUCUGAGUGGAAAAAAGUGAUCCUGCCAUUUUCAUUUUAAGAUUCUUAUAUUUGUCACUGAGGAAGUUUAAAAAUGAAUAGGCUUAAAAAACUUUCAAAUAUCCUUUAAAUAACCCAUUGUAAGCUGUUAAGUGUAUUUAUUAUUCAGGUGAUUUUCAUAUAUUUAAAUGUAUCAUAAUUGCCAGGUUGAUUUCAAGGUUUUAUUCCAGAGACAUAGAAGUGUUUUCUUUUAAACUUUUAUCCAAUGAUUUUCUAAAAAUUACUUAACAUUAAUUUUUCAUUAAUUUCUUCCUAUGUUCUGAUGUUUAAAUGCCUUGUUUUUAAUAUGAGGAGGAAAUUCUCAGCUGGUCUCUUAGUGGCUUAUUCAGUUUUGGUAUCAACAUUCCAUUAACAUUUUGUAAAUUUUGUAGGAAUGUGCCUUUAGGCCAUCACUAAAUUUAUUAGGGUCACAUGGGAAGUAUUUUACUCCAUUUUGGUAAAGUGAAUAAAUUUCUUAUUUGUGUUUUCCCCAAGAUUUUCUUAAAAGGUUAUUUAAAAGUAUCACAUAUUCCUCAAUAGUUGGAAACAUUUAAAAAUGCACAAAUACUUGUUGAAAAGUAUUUUAUUAGGAAAGACUCCCAAGCUCAUUUCAGGAUUUGAGAUCCUGUAAGUAAGGAUUAGUACUCACCGCCCCACACAGUCUGACCUACUUGGCUGUCUUCUUCUCCCUUGUGUGCAACCGUGAGUCCUGCCAUGUUAGCGUUAAAAAUCCCAACACUUGUAGUUUUCUUUUUUAAAAAGUUAUGUGCUGUAAACUCUCUCUUUGCAGUUUUUACAACUAUGUAUUUCAUCCAUAAAGAUCCCACCAUAUUGAAAGGAAAACAAUGAAGUAUAUUUUCUAUAGUAAUAUGACGAAAGCAUGAUCAGUUGUGCCAAAGAAGUUUUCUAUAUUGUUUACACAAAGAGGACACAAUACUUAAUGGGAACUUCCCAUGCUAUUUUUGUUUAUUAAUAAAACAUUACAUUCAAACGUAGUAGCUUGGACAUACAGAAAGAAUGUUCCUCCUACAAUAAUUCUUUUUAUUCAGAGGAGGCAUAAAGAGUGCUGAACUUACUACAUCAUUCUUUGCAUUAGAAAUGUGUAGGAGUGUGGUUCUCUGCAAUAUUCAGAGCUUUAUUCUCAUAAUUUGGAAUUUAAGCAAUGUUAUUUCAGGGACAAAGGAGGCCUGGAAGCUGUUAAAAUAAGUUAUCCUAGAUGUACCAGAAAAUAUUCAGAGCUUUAUUCAUUUAGCUUAAGGCUUUAGUACUUGUAAAAAUGCAAAUAUUCUUGAAAAAUGGUACCUUUAACUUACUCUUAAUUCUGUAUACCUUAAUGAGCGAGGUAUCCAGAGCAAUUUUUAAUGAACAUGGGGCUGGAGGGAAGAUAUAAAAUGAGGACAGUGGAAACACUGGGAGGAGAGAGGAAGAAAUGGCUAAGUAGGGGAACUUGAAACAUUUUAAACUGGCUUAAGCACUAAUUGCUGCUUUCCUAAAAAUCAGAAUGUGUAAAAUGCUUUAUCAUUCAUGGUCCACUCGGAACUGACAUUUAUUAUUCCUCAGUAAUUAAAAACAAUCAUUAUUAAAUUUUUUCCAUACAUUUUUAUAAUAUAGAAAGGAAAUUCAAGAUUCCAUAAUGGAUAAUUUUCCAGAUUUGUCUAAUGCAUACAGUAACCUGUGCAUCUUCACAUGCUGCUAAAUGCAGAUUUAAACAUGACAUCUGAGGAUCAUGACUUUUCCUCCUUUCUUGGAGCUCCCAGUAUAAAAUUCAUCUGCUGAUGUGACUUCAGGUUUCUGUACAGUUCAUUUCACACUUGUUAUAUAUGUAAUGUUUGCAUGAGGAAACAAUGUAUGUCUCAAUCUUUAAUUUUAGGUGAUAGUGUUUAUUGUUUACACACCCUACCCAAAAUAGAAUGCUGAAUUUAUGCUAAUAUUUCCAUGUGUAUUUUGUUGCCUUGAUGUACUAUAUACUUGUUGCAUGUAUAUUAAACGUUUUGUACCAUGCAUUAGUGGUUAUAUUUUUUCCUUGAAGUUACUUGGUUCAAGUUGUACACUGGGCUUUUUAUUUUAGCAAAUAUGAUAAAUGUAUAUUAUUCAACACCAAAAAUACUAAUAUGAUAAAAGUUUUGGAGAAAUCUACUUUAAGUCCUAUGAAAUUAAAUACCUUUUAUUUAAAGAAAAUAACAUGAUAUGCUUUAGAAUACACAAUAUCUGCUGAAGUACAAUACAGUAGUGAUUUGGGUAGUUGCUAAUAUAAUUAUAUAACAGCCCUAUUUAUAUGUUUUCUCACCUAUAAUAUGGAAACAUCACCAUCUUCUCAGAACCUAUGAUAGCAUUAGGAUGAUGUUAGCAUUAAAAAAAUUAUAUAAACUAAGUAUUUAAGUCAUCUUUAUUAGAGUUACAUAAUUGUUUUCAAGUGGUUAAAACUGUGUCUCAAAUUUACACCUUAAGGAAAUUCUCUAUAAAAGUUCCUAUUUGUAUGUAAAAUCUCAAGUUUUGAUAAAUACACUGGAUUACCUCUGAAAUGUCACAUGACUACUUUGAACAUCAGGUCUCUUAAAUGUCUUUUCAUAUCUUUUAAUCACUGUUAACAAAGCAGCCCCUACUUUGUUUUAGAUUCUGUUCUUUUUAGAUGAUGCAGGGAGAUAAAAUUAUAUCAAUGACAUGAUGGUUUCUUUUAAAAGUAUAUUUUAGUCCAAACUAGUUCUUAUUGUAAGUCCCCAUUAUUUCUCUAAAAUCCAAAUAAAACCAAAGUUUCACUACA